ACUUUUCAGUGCCAUCAUGGUGCCAUCUCCCCAUCCCAGUUUGUUUAUUUAUUUAUGUGGGGUUAAUGUACAUUUUUCGGAUAACAAAUAAUAAGAUUUAAAUAAAAUCAUGUAUUCCAAAAACAGUGCACGAAAUUGUUUAAUAUUGUCGCGAAUUUAGUGCUCAGUUGAUGCCUGGGAGAUUUUUAUCUUAUCUUAAUGUCCAUGUUUACAAGUCAUACAUCAGUUUGGAGACGACAGCAUAGUAGCAUUCUUGUGCGAAUCUCCAUGUUAAGAUUGCAAAAUACAAAAGUGGAAACCGUGGAGGUAGUACUCUGAGGAGCGUAGGCGGAGGGGUAAUAAGCACUGGUGGAGGCGGGGGCGCAGGUGGAGGAGGUGUCGGACGGGUCUGCGAAGUGAGACGUGUAUACAAAGCGGCCUUAGUGCCGUGUAAAACGGCCCGCAGACGGGCUCGUGGAAUGAGCAUGGGUCAGAAGGUGUCAACAGGAGUUAAAAUUGUCAACAGAGAUACAGCAGCACCAUACAAACCGGUCAUUCCAAGAGAAUUGGCACAGGACUUCGCUCGUCCACCCCGACUGGACAUGUUACUCGAUAUGCCGCCAGCGAUGAGAGAAACUCAGUUGAAAUAUAGUUGGAAUCAAGACGAUCGUUCUCUCAACAUAUUCGUUAAAGAAGACGAUAGACUCACGUUUCACAGACAUCCCGUAGCCCAAAGCACUGACUGUAUAAGAGGCAAAGUGGGCUUCACGAAGGGGAUGCAUUGUUGGGAAGUUUGUUGGUCGACAAGGCAACGGGGAACUCACGCGGUCGUUGGCGUCGCCACUGCAGAAGCGCCUCUCCAUUCUGUAGGUUAUCAAAGUCUGGUUGGUAGUACGGAUACUUCGUGGGGAUGGGAUUUAGGUCGUAAUAAAUUAUACCACGAUUCAAAGAACUGCCCAGGUGUUACCUAUCCGGCUCUACUAAAGCCAGACGAGACUUUCAUAGUGCCGGACAAAUUCUUAGUUGUACUGGAUAUGGACGAAGGUACUUUAAGUUUCGUUGUCGACGGACAGUAUUUGGGAGUUGCAUUCCGUGGCUUAAAAGGAAGAAAGUUAUAUCCUAUCGUCAGUGCUGUUUGGGGUCAUUGUGAGAUUAGCAUGAGAUAUAUCGGUGGACUGGAUCCCGAGCCUUUGCCUCUCAUGGACUUAUGCCGUCGCAUAAUAAGACAACGCCUCGGCAAGCAACUUCUCGAAGAAAAAGUGAUGAAUCUUCAGCUUCCGCAAGCCUUACAAACUUACCUCUUGUACAGAGAUCGAAGAUAAUACGAUGAAGUUUGAUAUAGUGAAGUGUACUGUUUUUAAAAUACUAUGUGGUGUAGACAAUUAACUGUUUAUAGGUCAGGCAGUUUACUCACAAUUCGAUUGAAAUGGCCGCGUGCUAGGCAAUAAUAAGAGUGGCUUCGGAGAUCUUUAUAAUGACGAAGUAGAUUGAAUAUUUAUUAUUUAUACUAGCAAAUUAUUUACAUUACUGAUUUGUAGGUGUAAUUGUUUUAUUAGACAAUUUUUAAAUGGUGAUCAAGAUUCACGGAUAGACACAAAAUAACUUGUUAAUUUAUUGUAGUAAUCGAUGUUUUUGACCACCACUGUGAUCUGUAUCAGGGAUUAAAAUAUUAACAAGUUAUUUAACUUAAAAUUCUGACUGAAUCCGAAAGGAAAUGUUAGAGCUGGUUCACACGCACCCGGUCGCCGGUUACACGGCACCGUUUGCACGGAUUGGCGAGCUUUCACACUUUUACGGUUUUGGGUCCGUGUCAAAAUGUUAGUCGAUGGUCACCAUGAAUGGCAAACACAUUGUUGCCAUGAUGAUUUUGUAUCGGCGUAUAAAGAGAAGGUGCCAUGAAGGUGCAUAGACCUGACAACGACUACGACAGCUUAACCGAUCUCAUUACAGGACGCACUGCGGCCGCAACAUCCCUCGUCAACAAGCCUGCUUAUAAACUUGACCAUCUGUUUCAUAUAAAAGCUUCUUCUAGGAGCUAUAUAUUCUUUGGUUAAAGGAUUCUCUUCUGCAGCAAAACACAUUUUUAUAAGAGAAUGCAUUAACCCAGUGUAAAUGUUGCAAAUCUCGUAUUGUUUAUUACAAUAUAUGUAUCAGAUUGAGACUACAUGGUAUUGACAAUGUUAAUGAUAAUUAAUAUUUAGUAAAAUCAAAUGAAUCUAACGAAUUUUGAGAUUCACUGAACUGUGACUGAGGUAACAAUGAAAGUACUGUUGAAAGAGUAGACGGCUGCAACUGAUAAGCAUAGGACGGUAUUGGUGAGAUCUGAAGGAAUUUUAACACAUCAGGACAUACAGGAUGCAAUGUAUGAUAUGAUCAGUUUGUUGUAACAUCUGAAGUUGUCAAUAUGCUACGAUCAUUCGUUUAAUAUGUAGGAAACUUUGGAAUAUUAAUGUUUGUAGCAGUGGACAAUUUACUAGAAAGCAUCUGCUGUCGUUGCUUAAUUGCUAAUCUAAAAUUCUAAUAUUCCUGCAAAUUUCUGGCCAAACACUUGUGGUUUCUUUCAUUUCUUUCUUUAUAGGUUUCACUUGUUUUAUCCCAAAUUACAGGUCUUCCAUGAACCAAACUGAUUAAAUGAUAUCUAUCAAUUUCCACACUGCCCAUUGUUCCUAAGUUAACCACAACAAAAAGUCUAUACUAAAAUUCAAUAAGCUAUACAGGAGAUGUAAACAUUAGUUAACAGCGAUGUCAUCAUCAGCAACAUAGAGAUGUCCAUUUCGUUCAGUUUUGGACAUUUGAAUAUUUUUGGAUAACAGUUACUUGUAUAAUCGUUUAAAUUAUUCAUUAAUUUAAUUAAUAGGAUUAUUUUUUACUAUCUAUGUACUCAGUGAUCACAAUAAUUUAUAUACUAUACAAUAAAAGCUAAUAAUCGAGAAAAUGGAAAAGGUGAUAAAGUUAUUUUAAUAAUAUACUGUUACUAUGGUACGAGUAGAUAAAUUUUGAAUAUCUUUGACAAGUAAAAUCAUUGUUUACAUGCUCUGCGUCGGUUAUUGCAAUUUAGUAUAGUAUCCUGCUACUUUUAAGCAAAACGCCUACUUGAUUACACAAGAAGUCUGCAAAAAAUGCAUUAGAUGUGAACGCACACAUUUAGCCCACUACGUGCUUGAUCGCCGUGUAUACGUCAACGUUUGUCCUGGCUUAUAGCAGUGGCGGCUCGUGGCUUUAGGGACAGGGUCGGCAAGGUUUUGUCUCCUCAGAUAGGUAUGCCAUCUAAUUAAAAGGCUUCAAUUUCAUAGAAGAUUUUUGGUUUUUGUUUUUUUUUUUGUUUUUUUUUUUGUUUUUUUCUAUAAAUUUAGAACUUAAACCUGUUUAUAAAUUAACUCUAGUCUAUGUUGUUUCGAAGUAGCAAAAUGGGUUAUAACGUCAUUGUAAAAUUUAUUAUUGUUUUGGAGAGGUUUUAAAAGUUUUUUUCUAUUGACAUUUGAGACAAGUUUGACAUUCUCUCUUGUUUCAUGGUGUUUCGACAAUACGUUUUGAAUCUAUUGAGACAAGAGAAAUCCCGUUCAUUUGAGGCAGAAUUUACCCACAUUUGAGCACAAUAAUUUUAAUUUCGGGAAUAGUUUGUUAUACCUAAUGAAUUGCAGUAUAUAAAAUUAUACAUAUUUUGUAACUUAUCCCACGUUCCGAAAAUAUUUAGAUCAGCAUAUAAAACUGUUCCAGCAUAUAAAUCCAUUGUCUUAUUUUAUUUGAUUAAAGAAUAAUGGAUAAUUUUUAAUGAACUUGUCUAAUAGAUAUUUUGAAAAUUCUUUGGAAAUAAUAAUUGAGUUAUCCACUCAAAAAGGUCCGAAACAUUGUUUAAAUAAUCAAAAUGUCAAAAAAUGAAGAAAAACUUCGAUAUUUUUUCUUCGUUUUUUGAUUUUAACUUUCAAAGUAUUCACUUCUGAGAAAAGUUACACUGACAUAAAAGAUGCGUAAUUAAAUUUCCUACAAUAUAGGUUUGGUUAAAAAUUUUAAAAAGUGUCAUCUUUGUUGCAAAACAGCAAUAAUUGCGAAAAAAAACAUAAAAAAUAGGUAUUCGCAUUUUACGUUUUUCAACCAUUUAUGCUACACUUACGACCUUCAUAUUUUAACCAGAAAACCUUUAUAAUACAAUAAAACAAUACAAUGUAAAUGUCAUUCAGAUCGAUUCAAUACAUUUUGCAAUCCAGCUUUUGCAAAAAAAAUUAAUUUUUUCAAAAUGUUGCAGUACUGACAAUAAAGCUGAUAGCAAGUUGAAUUUUUUUUACAUAUAGAAGAAAGGUACAGUAUUCUUCUAUACGUAAAAAUAAACUCAACUUGCUGUCUGCUUUAUUUUCAGUUCUGCAACAUUUUGAAAAAAUGAAUUUUUUGCGAAAGCUGGAUUGCAAAAUUUAUCUUCCAAAAUCUAUUGAACCGAUCUUAAUGAAAUUCACAGUAUUGUUUUAUUAUAUGAUAUAGUUUUUCUGGGUAAAAUUAUGAAGGUCCUAAGUGUAGCAUAAACGGUUGAAAAACUUGAAAUGCCAAUACUUGUUUUUUAUGAUUUUUUCGCAAUGUAUUGCUAUGUUGCAACAAGGGUGACAAUUUUUAAAAUUUUUAACUAAUCCUAUAUUGUACGAAGUUUAAUUACGCAACUUUUAUGUCAGUGCAACUUUUCUCGAGAAUGAAUACUUUUAAAGUUAUAAUGAAAAAUUGAAGAAAAAAAAAACGAAUUUUUCCUUCAUUUUUUGACAUUUUGAUUAUCUAAACAAUGUUCCGGACCAUUUUGAGUGGGAGGAUAACUCAAAUAUUAUUAUAUGAGUUAUUUUCAAGCAAUUUCUGCAAACAAAUAUGAGUCACCUCUCGACGUCCAAAUUAAUGUUACUAAUAUUACAGAUGCGCGCCUGGUCUACGUGUCUUGUUGCCGUUUGCAGAUCACCGCUCGGCAGAUUGUUUAUGUGCCGUACUUGCCAUUCAAAUAAAUACGGGGAAUGUAUAAUUGGUUGCCUAUCGGCUAAUAUUCCAUAGCUUGUUAUUACAAGCAAAUGGUCAAUCUGGGUACGGCUUGCCGAAGCGGGCCUUAUAAGAAUUCACACAAUCGCAAUCGGGUGCAUGGCUAGGAUCAUUAAUUUGAAAAGUAUCUUACGCACAGCGCACAGGGAUCACUUAAAGUAUCGGAUCGAUCGAAUUCUUUAAAAAACAAUAAAUAAAAUUUAGUAUGUAUUAUCUCACAGAUAUUUUUUUUAUUUCGCAGAAACGAAUAUCAUCAACUCUGAUUAACUUAUAUAUUUAAAAAAAUCUAUAAUGUGUCCAUAAAUGUGUGGGUCGGCACUGCCGACCCUGAUCAGCCGCCACUGGCUUAUAGUGGGAAUCCCUAACGACAACACGGUUCCCGGGUGCCGUUUAAGCGUGAACGGUAUGUGUGAAAGCAUUUAUUAAAAUGUACACUCUUUACCCGUGUAUAAGGUGCCGUGUAACCGGCGACCGGGUGUGUGUGAACCUGCUCUUAGUGAGCUGAAAUCACCAAAAGUGAAUUAGGUUUAUUGAUGAUUUUUUUAAAUUGAAAUUGUGGUUUUGUAAAUUAAUUUAAUAUCUUCCGAAGCCGUUCUUAUUACUCGUGUACAUAUUAAUGUUAAUCCGACUUUUUAUAAAAGACUUUUUUGCUUGGCCUAGAAAAGUUUUCCAGUUCGGACUGACAGUUAUAGUCAACAAACUUGUAACAUAACAUAGACAAGAAAAGACUCCUAGUCUUUUGAAUUUGCAAUUAUUGCUCUGUGAUGUGAUGGUAGUUGAUUGUGAAAGACUUGAGUGAACUUUUAGUAUUGAUAUCGGAAGGAAUUUUUAAGCGGUUUUAGUGAGUUUUUUAGGGUAGCUCCCCGAACAGGCAUGUAAAGUGAGUCAAACGAAAAAAAGUGUAUUGUUACUUUUUGUAUGUAUUUAAACAAUGUUUCUAUAUGUUUAUUCAUCAGGACGUAGCACAGUGUACGAUUUAACUAAUAUAGGUGGACAAAACCCUGGAACUCUCUUAAGGGCUUCUAAAUUACAUUUUAUGAUAAUAUAAUAGUUAAUUGUGGUAAAUAAAAGGCAUGACCAAAUUUUAAAUAGUUUUUAUUGUUUUAAUAAAAAUUUUAUAUCUCUAUCAUGUCUAGAUAAUUGUUUUAAUGGGAGUUUUCGCAACAAAGAUAUAUAAGGAUCAGAUGAUACUAAUAAAUAUUUAAUUAAGUCUUAGUUGCUUCGGUGUCUUGAAAUUUUCAUUGUAUGCCCCAGUCUGACUCUUCUUAUUUCUUUAUUUUUAGCCUCGGAAGCUUCUUCAGACAUUUGGCCAACCGGUAUUAGUGAACUUUUUAUUAUAUCUGCCCCAUGUACCAAUAUUUUGUGAACAGUCACAGGCAUGUUAUACCAUGAGUACAAACUUAAAUAUAGUUCCCUAGUUUUCAUACAGUAGUUCUGAAAUUUAACAGAGUCAAUCUCAUAACCAGACGCAACAGCUGCAAGAAUCGUCCCAAAAUUGUGAAUGAGACCUUCAUUAAGGUUAGUGAUGCGUGCUGUGGUCGUAUAAUUAUAAAAAAAUGCUCUUGUGGUAUUCCCAUCGUUACUGGUACCAAAUCCUGGUUUUACUUUGUCGAUAAUGAGACCCACUUCUUUAAAUUUUUUCUUGAUUUCGUCUUUCCUUGUUUUAAACAUUUCUUUUUUAUUGUCUCCUCUUACUUGCCAUUCACAAAAAUCUUGACGAUAACUAAUAUUUAAAAGGCAUUCCAUCGCACGAAUGUAGGCAUGUAAGCUAGAUAUUCCAAACUGGUACAUAUUAUCGUCUGGCUCUUUCGUUAUUAAUGCUGUAUUCAUUUCUUUAGAUGUUGCCUUACAGAUAAAACAUCUUUGAGUUGAUCUAUUAUCACUUAACACAUGACACACUUUACCAUCAAUCAUUGUUAGAAUCAUUUGAUGCGUGACCGUGAUGGUAACGCCUCGGACUUCUAUAAGAGUUGGAACCAAUUCUUGAAUUUGAUUUUCAAUCGCUCUACAUUCAUCUUUUAUCAGUGCCUCGCUUUCUUUCUUAUAAAUAAAUUUGAGUACUCUACAGAAUCUUGGUGAUGAUGGCCGAGGAUUUUGCCAUAUGGUCUCUUGCAGAUUGUUCACAAGUUUUAUUGGAACUAAUGAUAUUACAAACAUAUACUCAUCUGUGCUCUCUGGAUCCUCAAACGGUUGCUUAUACAAACUAUGUCCUGAUGAACCAUCACACCCCCACUUAUAUAUUAAAGAAUAAUUUUGCAUGUUAGUGUCUAACCUCUCUCCUAGAAUAUUCUUGCAUAUUCUCAGUGCUGUAUGAUUCAGUAGGGCACCCAGUCUUACUUCCGCCGAUAUAUCAGUUACUGUAAUAUUUUCAACUGGAGGAUAACACUGCUCUUUUACCUUUGCUACGUAAUCAUAGCAUGGGUAAGCAUUAAAACCCCUUUCUUUUGUCUCUUGUUGCACAUUCUUAUAAGAUUGUACAGUAAAAUUGUUUGCUAUAAAAAAGGCCAAAGCUUCUUCAGGUGUGUACGGCCUUUGUUUCAUGUCGACAUCUAAAUUUUUUCUUGCUUUCUUAUAUGUGGAAGCACGCUUUGGUGAGGCUGACGAUACUUCUUCCAUCAACAUAGCAGCAUUACGUUUGCCACUAGCUCGGACACUUAAUUGUGCAGCAAACGAUAAUUGAUCUUUACUGUAGUCGCUAAGUAAAUGUUGAAUUUUCCUCUUUUUAGUCUUUUUGGAGCUAUCCAUAAAAGUCUUUUGAGGUCUACCACCACUAGUACUAGGUUUUGGAGAUUGAUUUGCUAAUAUCAGCAUAUCGAAAGUUAAAUCAUUAUUUAGCCAUUGUUCGUAUUCAUUUAAAAACAAGUCCAAUCGUCUUUGCUUCUGAACCCAUUUGACUCGAAUUUUUUCGCAUUCAUUUUUUAAGAACGCCUUUAACUGCAUCUCUUGUUCUUGAUCAAUAACCAAAUCAUCAAAACUCAUCUUCACAAAGUUGAUUACUGCAUUUAAUCGACCAUUAGCCGGUAUAGAACGCCAAAAUUCAAAUAAUAAUUUCCGCUUCAUUUGGGCACCUGUAACAACAAACAUAAAGUAUGUUAAAAAACGCAAAAAAUAGUAUGUAAUUAUAUUAUGAAAGUGUACAUAGGCGCCCACGCCCAUGGGAACGGGGGGGGCGUGACCCCCUCCAUCUUUUCGGGUGCUUUAAACUAUAAUAUGGUUAUCCAAAAUUUACAAAAUAUAAUGUGUAACAUCUUUACGUCUGGCCCCCUAAAAAUUUUUAUAUGGGCGCCCGUGAAAGUGUAUGAAAUAGAAAGUAGUUUAAGACCACAACUACAGCUUUACUACACUUGACAACAUAGUAUAUCUAAAUAAAUGAGACUUAUGACAAAUAAAUAAACAAUUUUGAUGCCCUAUUUUGUAUUGAGUAUUAAGUAUAAUAUUUACAAAUACAUAUUUGUUCAUAUUUUAUUUAUUAUAUAUGUUAAAAAUCGCAAAAAAUCGCAAAAAGUAGUAGUAAUAUUAUGAAAGUGUACUAAAUAGAGAGUAGUUUAAGACCAUAAGUACAGCUUUACUACACUUGACAACAUAGUAUAUAUCUAAAUGAAUGUUACGUAUGACAAAUAAAUAAAAAAAUUGAUGACCUAUUUUGUAUUGAGUAUUAUAUAUUUACAAAUACAUAUUUGUUUAUAUUUGGUUUAUCAAGUAAAUGCAUAAUUACCUCUAGAUGUCGAAUCCAUCAUAAAAAAGCACUUAAAAUUGCACUGAACACCAAGACACGUGUAGAAACGUUAGGGUUAACGGUCAUACUGAGUGGCAACCGUCUACCUGAAAAAGAUUCAGGUAGUUUCGGCCAUUGUUUCUAAAAGAUCUGCAAUACGGGGGUCUUUGUUUUGUAUCAUCAGUUAAAGUAUAUAUUUAAAAGUGAAAAGGAAGUGAUUAAACGUAGUUUUAACAAUAUAAUUUAAAUACCUUUUGUCCACCUAGAUUAGUCAAAUCGUACACUGUGCGUAGUGCAAAAUAGAAUGUUUUAAUUGUUGAAAUGUUCGACUUUAUUAGCCAUUCUUAAUGUGAGGUUGUAUAUCAAUAUUUUUAUGCACAACAAUGUCUUCCUUCGAAUUAUUUUACUUGAAAUCGCUUUAAUCUACAAUUACAUAUUAAGUUCUCGAAACACAUUAAUGAUUGCCAGAUACAUCCGCUUUUUUGAAAGUAUUUGGUUAUCAGUAUCGUAUCAUUGUAUCCAUGUAACAUAGAGCAGUGAUUCACUAUAUGCUCGAAGACACUGUUGCUCAGUCCUGGUAGAUUAUGAGCGGGAUCGUUCAUAGAGAUGAGAAACACAAGAACAAUGGACAUAAAACAAAAAAGAACAAUGAAGAGAACAAUUCUUCAAAAAACGGGCGCCACUGUUUUUAACAAAAGAUUUGAAAGAUUUAAAUCUAUUAAGUUCUAUAACGUAACUAAAUUCAGUCUCUUAUAUUGUUAGAUAAUCUUUUUUUAACGUGAUAGCACAUCACUUGACUUGGCUUAGAAAAUAAGAAUGUAUUCACUAUAAUUUAGAUAAUCUGGUAACCAGGGGUAAUCUGGUAGACGUAACCAGGGGGAGUAUUGGGGGUUAUAACCCCCCCCCCCUAUUGGGAUGGACUUUGAGCUCUAUACUGCCGUGCUAAGCCCAAAGGCGGUAACUGAUUUUUUAUCGAACAUGACAUUGUUGUAUUUCUACAUAGAUUAUAGGUAUUUAGAAUAUUUUUAACAAGUCCUUGGAGUUGUAGAACUAUUAUAAUGGGUAUCUAGAAUAUAUUUACAAAGUCUUUGGAGUUGUAGAAGCAUUAUAAUAUAAUAGGUCUGGAUCCGGCGUAUGAAAAAAAAGUUGAUUAAUAGCAAGCUGAAAAUUUGUUAAUAGCUUAAGACUUUCUAGUUGGAUAAACUUUGAUAUAUGGGAACACUGGAACAUGGGCAGUUUUAAUUGUGGAACAGGUUAAAAAUUUGGAACGGUCACACCACGAAAACGGCACAUUUAUUUUGUCCGACAGAACAGACUUAAACUCUCCGAACAGAGAUUAAACUCUCAUGCAAAAAUCAGACUGCUAUUUAUCACCUGUCAUAAUUCCUGUCAUUUGACAUAUUCUACAUGUUCCACUCAUUAAAAAGCCCAUUUGGUGAUAAAUAGCAGUCUGAUUUUUGCAUGAGAGUUUAAUCUCUGUUCGAAGAGUUUAAGUCUGUUCUGUCGGACAAAAUACAUGAGCCGUUUUCGUGGUCUGACCGUUCCAAAUUUUUAACCUGUUCCACAAUUAAAACUUCCCCUGUUCCAGUGUUCCCAUAUAUCAAAGUUUGUCCGACUAGACACCCUUAAGUUAUUAACAAAUUUUCAGCUUGCUAUUAAUCAACUUUUUUUUUUCAUACGCGGGAUCCAGACCUAUAAUGAAACCUACCUAGAAAUACAAAAAUGUCAUUUUCGAUAAAAAAUCAGUUACCGCCUUUGGGCUUAGCACGGCAGUAUACAUAGUGUGACCAACUCCAAUUCAGUCGAAUUCGGGACAAGGCUGAAAAAAAAAUGCCUAAAAUCCGGGACUGUUGAAUAAAAAUCGGGCUAUAUUUUUAAAUAUUAUAACUUUAAUAUCAUCUUUUUAUUGAUUAUUUAACAUUUUUAUGUUGACAAUGAUAUUUUGAUGAGAUUAAGCCACAAUUGUUUGUAAUGAUAAUUAUUACAUUUUUGUUAGUUUAUGACGUUUCGACUGGUUUCGACUUCCAAUCCGGAAAUAGUUCUCAGACACGAAAAAUUAGAAAAUCAACUGAUGUUGGAUUUUUAUGCAAAUAUAAACUUAUAGGUCUGGAUCCCGCGUAUAAAAAAAAGUUGAUUAAUAGCAAGCUGAAAAUUUGUUAAUAGCUUAAGAGUGUCUAGUCGGACAAACUUCGAUAUAUGGGAACACUGGAACAGGGGAAGUUUUAAUUGUGGAACAGGUUAAAAAUUUGGAACCGUCAUACCACGAAAACGUCACAUGUAUUUUGUCCGACAGAACUUCCAACUGAUUUGUUACCCUUUCAUUUAACUCUAAUGCAAAAAUCAGACUGCUAUUUAUCACCAAAUGGGCAUUUUAAUAAGUGGAACACGUACAACAUGUCAAAUGACAAGAAUUACGAGAAUUAUGGGUGUCCGACUAGACACCCUUAAGCUAUUAACAAAUUUUCAGCUUGCUAUUAAUCAACUUUUUUUUCAUACGCGGGAUCCAGACCUAUUAGGGUAAUACAAAAAUGUAAUUAUCAUUACAACCAAUUGUGGAUUAAUCCCUUCAAAAAUAUAAUUGUCAAACAUGCCACAAGAAAACAGCUUCAGAACAUUUUUAUGCUAAUUCCUUCUUACUUGUCGAACGAUUCAAUUUGCUUAAAAAUGAAAAGAAUUCGAUUUGAUGUGAAUUCUUAGAGGAGUAUCGUACCUGUUCAAAUUUGAAAAUAGAAUUUUGAGAAAGCGUUGAAAAUUCGGAUGGCCCGGAAGCCUUAUCCGGGACGCCGGGACACGACUUCGUAAUUCGGGCCAUGUCCCGGAUUUUUCGGGCUAGUUGGUCACACUAUCUAUACACCAUACUCCUCAGAGAACAUCAAGGUAACAGAUUCAACCUGGUUGGGGGGCUCUGACACCAGACGAAUCUUGAAUAAAACGGCGCCUCCAAACUAGGGGUCGGAAGCUGAAGCGUUUUACAUGUCUGCUCAGAUGGGGUCAGGGAUAAAACUAACUACAUAGAUACUGGGGGGUCGAAAUAGGGCUAAAGAAGAAGGAGCAGGCACUCAAACCUUCUUUGCGAACGGCGCAUCGGUUGGUUAUUCGGUGAGCUGGGUCAUAGGUUCGUUAGGGAGAUGAGAGGGUUUUAAGAAGACUAACUACCAUUACCAAUUAAACAAAGGAUACUAACACAGACUUGAGGACUUUCCUACUAUUUAAAAUAUGACGCCAUUUGGAAUAAAUCCUCAGAUUCACUACUGGGUACUUACUGGACUCAUUACGGUACUUACGGAUACCAAACGGGGGGACAUUCAUCUGAGAUUCCUCUUUUGGGUCAAACUGGGCAAUCUUUACAUCUACCUUGGCUUCUAUGCAAACUUCUUUUUUCUUUUACUCUUAUUGAAGAAACUUUCUUAAAAAAUAUCUCAUUGUCAUCAUACGUCACAUCGCACUACUUAACCAGAACUUUUCAUUCAACACGGGGGGGGGGGGGGACGCAGCGGGGCAUCUUAUGACGAAAACAGACUUCUAAAAUGUGACAGGACAAAACAGGAACGAGACUACGAGAUCAAACAUCUCAUCGGGACUUCAAUACGGGAACUUCAAACAAAAAACAGAAACCACACACUACCAUACCGGCUCAACUGCGUCACAUUAUUUACACUGCGAUUUUCACCUUUCAAAUCCAACAUUAUGGAGUGAAACUUUUCACGGGUGUUCUUCAAUGGUCAUAGAACAAAGGAUAAACCAUUCACUUGAUCUAACAUAGCGACAAAAGACAAUUUUAAACCGGUAGGUGCGGUCUGAUGAGUUCCACCGCUGGUUGACGUGUUACCAGCUAAGGGAGAACUGUGGAACUGCCUCUUCGCGCGGCAAAAUCCUUCACCGCUGUGAACCUGCUGCGUACUUGUAAGCAAAAUUCGUCCUUAUCGCUGCAACAUCUACAAGUUUGGGACCAGUCCAAUACGUUUUUUCAAGGGGAAAUAAGUACUUUCUCAAUGUUGCGAAACACUUUAAAACAUUUCUAACGGGAGCGGCUUAGGAUAUUUUAAUGAUAAAUUGCUUCACAAAAAAAUCAGAAAUUUAGGUAUCUUUUUGGGAAUAGGAUAUAAAAUUAAUGUUGGGUUUUUUCAAACGCUACAAAGCUUCGGUCCGUACUGAGAUAAAAGUGAUUCUCCAUACUUCCAUGCGAGAGGCAUCCAUACAUCAGGGAUGAAUGUGACCUCCGUCCUAGUGACAAACUACAACCCUAAUUAGAUGAGAAAAUACAAAAAUAAAACAUGCGAAAGAAUAAAAGUUAUAAAAAAGAUCUUACCCUGAAAGGGGUCUAGAACACACAUAUAAUUGAUGUUAUUGUUCACAUUUUGAUUACAGUACGGAAAAUAAAAAAAGAUGGAGAAUAAAGAGAAUUAAAGGUAGGCUGUUUUUAUUCACACAAAAGAUUUCCUGAGCAAAAUACCGAUUUCGAAUUUUGACCGAAACAUUCAGAAUUCUUGGGUGGUCCAACCAAAUCGUUUAAAAGAUAAUCUAGAAAAUACUGCAACGUGGUCUUUGGCGAUUUUCAGACAAUACAUUUAAUGGAAAUAUUUACAAUAUUUGCAAACAACUCAAUACGGUAUUUUAUAAUAUUAAAGCGGUAACUUGUAAGAAAGUUGGAUCGGAUAGCUCAGAGGGUAGGAUGUCUGACUUCCACGCAGGUAGGCCGGAGAUCGAAUUCCGGCGCCGGCGAGAACAUCUAAACAUUUUUAAAAAUGUGUAUAGGCCCCACGUCGACUCAACCUGAAUAAAAUGAGGACCUCGGGUAAAACCAGGGGUAAUAAUAGGCGGUUGAAACGUAGCACUGGCCCUGUUACCUUCCCUGUAUACCGUAGCCCCUAGAGAUAGCAGAUUACACUGCUAUAAUCCCAAAGCCGUUUUAUCGGUAUACAUCAGGAGACUAUUAUUAUAACUGGUAAAAAGGUUUAUGGAAGGUAGUUGAACAUAUUUAACGCUUGUCUUAUUAAUAGAACAUAAACAUAUUUAAGAAAUAUAUUCUUCCGCAUAAGUACCAACAUCAUGGCUCCUAUCACACCGGAAAACGAGCUUUUCUAUUCCGUCAUCACAGAAAUUUGUCGCCUAUCAGCGUCAUCGUGGCGCUGCCUCCCUCUGGGGAAGGAACACUGCUAGAUCGGGUUUGUAUAAGAAUUGAUCAAAUAUUUCCUAGUCAAGUGAUGUGAUGAUCAAAUCUUCAAUGAUCACUGAACAUUGCCCACUUCUUUUCUAGCCAUGUUCUUAGGUUAGAUCGGGACUGUAAGGAGGAUGAUCAAAUUUUUCUCUUUCAUUUGCGUACCAUUCGAUUACAAAUAAUGUUUUGUUUGUACACUUCACAAAUGUGACAGCGAAUUUCAACUGUUACAGAAGAAAUGUAAUUACAACGCGAAUUUUACAAUUGACGGGAUUUGUCAAUUUGCGUAUACAUUUUGAAUACGUAAAAUCAAAUGCAUAAUCAAUUGAUUGUUGCUGUAAUGGCGUUUAAGGCUUGCCAACAUUGUAGAAACACAGUGCCCAUAUGCGGAACACCAACCAGAACGCCGUAGCGGCGGAAUUUCAAAAUGGUACUUAAAAAACACGCCUUCUUUAUUAACAUCGAAGAUUCCAUCAGAGGGACUUAAAUAUUAUUUUAACAAUCCACUCGUUUAAUAGAUGAGACUUUAUUACUGAAUAAACCAAAUUUUAUCUGCGAGAAUAUUCAACUUUAUUGUCUUCCUUUAAUGGUCACAACCAUAGAGCUUUUGCUUUUUUAGAUAAAAGUUGCUUCCUAUUAUUGGUUAAUAUUUAAAAACUUUCUUACGUUUGUUUGAAAGAGAUAAGAUAAGGAUAAUUUUUGAGAUUACAAACAGAAAUUAUUGUACUACGAUGAUCUAGUGAUCUGUUCUCACUCAAAAUUAAAAAGAGACGACAAUAACACGAACAAUUAGCGAAUUGCAAUACAUUAUUUAAUUUGUUCUGCCUGGCUGUCAAUUUAGGAAGAUCAAAUUGUAGUGGACCUAUUGACAAAUUGGAUGCUUUUCUUAUUGAAUUUUCAGAUAUUUUCUUGCACAUUUGUCUUCGGGUAUUCGCCCCUGAUGUCCAAGUUAUCUCAUUCUGACUCAUAGGCGUAACCAGGGGGUUUGGGUGUUAUAACCCCCCUCCAUUUGGAUGUACUUUGAGCUCUAUACGCUUAACACCAUUACUAUUCCAUACCCCGCAGAGACCAUCAAGUAGUUGUAACCCCCCCCCCUUAGGAUCAUCCUGGUUACACCUCUGUCUGACUCUCUUCACCUGUCACAAAUCUUGUCUCUCCAUAGGGUUGUAUUAGUCAUUUUGAGAAAAAUAAAUGUCAUCACUAUUUUUGAGGACACGAAACGUCAAAAAUUAAAAUAUUUUUAAUUAUGCGACAUUUUCAACCCCCAUAAUUGUGUUGGUUGACAGCUGGUGUGACUGUCUAAAGAAGUGCAACCUUGUUCAUCUCUGUUGUCGUCUUCUACUGAGCAUAUCAAUGACUUCAACAGGCAAGUAGUUUCAUCGUCUUAUUGAAAAGAUUGUCAUCUAAGUUACCAGACAAUUUUUAAUGAUUUUUUCAAUAAUUAAAUACAAUGAAAGAUAAGGAAUCCCCUUGCCUUAUUCCUCGUAUCUUAUUAACCUUACAUAUACUCUUCUCCAAUAAUUGCCAUUUUAUUCUGUCAUUCGUGUAGGGCCAUUUUUAAAAGAUAUAAUAGUUUCCGCCAGAUUCCUAAUUCUUCCAUAGUUUUAAAAAGGUAUCAGAAAAAAUUAUAAAAUAAGGCUAUACACUUGUUGUUGUUUAUAAGUUGCCGCUGUUUUGACCUGUCAAAUUUAAUCAAAACAGCAACUAAUAAUAAAUAACAACAGCGUGUAAUACUUCUUUAUUUUAUAAUUUUUAAAAUUCUUUUUUAAAACGACUUCCGGAUUGGAAAUCCAAACGUCAAAAACAAAUAUAAAAUAUAAUUUCUAUUACAAUUAAUUGAGGCUUAAUCCCAUAUAAAUGUAAUAUGUAUGUAGGAAUUCGUUAAAGACAAUAGUAAUAAAAGUCCGUGUGAUGUUUAACAGUUUUAAUUAAUAAAAUAGAUAACUAAAUUAUAGAUACUAUUAAAUUAACGAAAUGUAAAAGUCUUGUGUAAUUGCGACUAAAUUUUUACGUGUUCUUAUUCUUACAAAAAGAAAUGUAUUUCUAAAUAAUUUGCGUCUAAUCAGUAUUAUAACCGUCUUGUCAUAAUACCCGUCUUAACUCGUCUUUUUCUAUUAUCCCAAAGGACACGUCCGUCGCGUUUCUGAUGUUAAAAUCGACUGACUCUCGCCUCCUACGCUGAAACAAAUUCUCUUCCAGAGUUAAUCUCCCUCUUCUCAUGGUUUAAUUCGCUUUCGUGUGAACUAACCUAUUAAAAUUUGUUCAAAGGGCUCUACUGUUAUUUUUACUUAUGUCUUAAAGAUUCAAAGUUAAAAUUAGUGCGCGCCGGCUACCGUUAAUAAUCCCAAUCCGUUCCACCCAUCUGGGCCUACUUAGGUCCAUAUGUGUGAGACUCUUUUUCGUGCUCGUAAUAAUAAUUAAGAGAAAAAAUAUAUACAGGGGUCUUAAAAAUUAAGGUAAAAUAUUUACAAUUCUACAUGUAUUUAAAAUGUUGUUGACUUGUAAAAUUGAUAAUUUAAAACAUUUAAUUUAAGUAGAAUGUAAAAAGGUCAUAUGCUUCCAAAUAUGCAUAGUGGUAGUGGCAAUCAUCUACUCCUUCCUGUCAUCAGUCUUCACAUGCCCCUGCUCUUAUUAUCCAAAAUAAUUGAUAUUGUUCAUAUUGGGAGGGGGAUAGCUGCUGAUGGAUGGACUGUCCGUCUUAGCCUACCGAUUUUUAUUUCUCCGCGAUCUGCUAUUUAUAGUACAUACAUGAUUUAUAUCUGUUUUAGAAAUAGUUUAUCAUAUGUGUCUUAUACAUUGUUAAUUUGAAUUUUUGACCUAAGUUUCUCUCUGCUCUUCGAAAUCAAAACCAUUAUUUUGGUUUUCUCUUCUUUUAUUAUGAGAUCUAGAAGCGUAGUAUUCAGUAAUUUGCGUUGAUAUAUUAAAUACAGUUAAAAUUGGAAAAACUCGCACAGGCGCAACGAACAAUUAUUUUGUUCUGUUCUGUCUAACAAAUGCUUUUUUCAAUUUUUUUACAAGAAAACUGCUUAAAACCAACUUUAUAUAGGUUUUUCUCUAGUAUGUGUUCUCAAUUGUAUUGUCAAACAAGAUUUAUAGCUCCUCUAUUCUCUAUUGUAUAACACGGCUUCCCUCACAGUCUUUUCAGUCAGUGGUAUGUUGAUAAGAAGAUAUGCCAGAAAGUCAUUAAGAAAAUUUUUCAAAAAAUUGUCUUUGCAAUUCCAAAAAUUUUGGGAUCUAAAGAAGAGGAAGAAAAUAUUAAAUAAUGAUUGUAGAUCUAGGUAUUAAAAUAUUGGAAAGUUAAAAAAAUACAUUUAUUUGUUACAAUGGAUCUUUCAGAAAGUAAAAAAGCACAAAUAAAAAAAACGCUUCCACAUUUUUGCUCAUGUCCUAAAGCAACAUAUUUGUGUAAUGUGCGUGCUUCCGUCAAUCCAAAAGUAUUUUAGCUGAAUAUAAAAAAACGCACAAUUAAAGCGAAAUAAGUUUACUUGAGUCCACGUGUGGUAGAUAAAUUAGUUGUGUUAACCUAAUUUAAUAUACAUUUUGUAAUCAUACACUGUUUUCAGGUUUAUAGGCUGUGAUCUGGGAAAUAUUUCUUCCUGACGUUUCUUUAACUACAGCAGGUAUUAACAGUAGCUGACAAUAAUGUAUGAUUACAAAACAAUGGCCUUGAAAGCCAGUCAAAUUCUUAGUAGGUGCAAUUUAUUAAUAUUAAAGAUAUUCUUAAUAAAUUUUAGAGUUUAUGCGAUAUUGCUUCAUAACAUUGAUAAACUCUUAGCACUUAGCACUCUAGUCCUUUUGAAUGUUGGCAUUACGGCUAAAGUCCGCCAAAUGUGGUCAAAAAUUUUAUAGCGGUUUUAAUCCGAAAAGGUUGCAUACCCCGAGCUCAAGAAGCGAUUAAUACUCGAAAGCCGACAGUCCGCGGAUGCGCCGUUGAUAAGUCUACGGAACGAAACCAAAUUUUGCUCGUUUUUGCAUUAACAAACAAAAUACGACUGCCUAUGACUUGUAUAAUAUGAAAUGAAACUCGAAGUCACAGUGCAAAAUUCUUUAUCGAUUAAAAUGUAGUUUCGACAAUUUUCUUAUCAGGCCAAAAAUAUGUUAAUUUAUGUAACAAUGGUUAAUAGGUUAAGGACACACAAAAAUUAAAGAACAUGUAAAUAGAAAUGAAAUGGUAAACAGUAGCAAAAAAAAACAACAAAAAUUAAAAAACAACCUACAUUAAAUUUGUAAAAAUAAAGCACUUAAGUAAAAUAAAGUGUAAAGUAACACCAUAAAAUUUUCGACUCCAUUUGGCAGACUUAAGUCGGCGUUACAAUUCCACUUUUUCGGUAAGUUAGAAUACAUUUCAAAAAGAAACAGUACACUUGCAAACACUCAUUUCUGAAGUUAUUGGGGAUUUGCCUACUUAGGUUUAAUGUAACUCAGGCAAAAAAAAAGAAUAAAAAACUCGAAUUAUAAUCGAACCAAAAUGAGAUUAUACAUUUAAUUGCAUUGACAUUUUUUAAUAUUAUUUUAUAAAAGAAUAACAUAAAUAGUCUGGAAUUUUUGUGUGAUGACAUACUUUGUUGAAAUGUUAAUUUCGAAAGAGAUUGUUCAUUUUGUAAUUAAGAUGUGUUAAUUGAACAGCUUUUCGUACAAAUUGUUUUGAAGUAAGAUACAAAAAAAUACUUAAGAAUGUUCAAUAUAUACAAAGAAUAAUAAUAAACAAGCACAUUUCUUAGAAAAAUACGAUUCCACAUGUUGUCUUCUUUUAUUUUAAAGAGGUAAGAUUUAGCUGUAAUAAUAUGAUGUAAUAAUUGGUUAUGAAUAUUGUAAAUUAUAUUUGAAUUCCUUUUGACUAGUAAAAUACAUUUUCUUAUUUUGGUAAUAAAGAUUCGAAAUAAAUGAAGAGAACAAUUGAAAUGUCAUGGAGAGUUGAUUUUUUGAAUAUUUUUUCAACCAUUUGUCUCGUCUUUGGCAUUUGUGCAAAUAGUGCAGCUAUCUAUAAUAAACAAAGCAUACCAAACGUUGCAAUAAAGUAGACAAUUUAUUUUGAUGAAUAUUACCUUACUGUAUGUACAUAUGCCAAUUUUAAAAUUAAAAGAAUCAUGAAAGUGUAUCAAUAA